GGAGACCUCUGCUAUACCAAGAUAGUGUAAAGUGCGACCUAGAUGGGUAAGUCUGAGGUCAAGCGCGCACCUAGAGUCCUGCAGCGACAAAGUAAAUGGAUACCUCAAUCGUGCGCGGUGGCAGCAUGCGAAAUAGCACCGCGCUGUUGCCCGAGCUGGUCGACGGCGGCAUGCGGCUGCUUAUUUACGCUGGAAACGGAGACAUAGGUUGCAAUCACAUGGGCAGCAAAGUGUGGGUAUCGAAGCUCCCGAACCGGCUCCACGCAGAGUCCGAAGCGAGCGAGCCCGAACUUUGGACGAUGCUCACGUCGAGACGUGUAGCAGGCGAAGUUCGCAGCGCUGGUGGGGGCAAGUUUGGUGCCGGAAAAGUUAGAUUCGUCCAAAUAUACAGAGCAGGGCACAUGGCGUCGUUUGACCAGCCAGAAGCUGCCGUCGAUCUCUUCACGUGCUAGAUCAUGAAUUUACCUCUGACUUUCAGUCUUCAAUGAAACGAGCAAAGUCGCGUGCUAGAACAAAUACACAAAUCAAUUCUCAGUAGUAACACAAAAAUCAAAAAUCAACACGCUUGUAUAUAUAUG